CUAGGGUGAAAAAGAAAACAGAAGAGAGACAUAUGAUAGAACAGUUUAACUUGAGCGUUUGGCGAUAAUUGUUCAUCGGUUCAGGGAAAGCGAUUUGUGAAGAUGAUUCAUCAUCGAGAAAAGUUUAUAUAUUGAUGUGAUCCGAAUCUAUCCACAAUUCAUACAUACUUGUGUUUCAAGUGGAGAAGUGAAAGUGUAAAACUGGAACCUAAGCUGGCCAAUACCAGUAGAAGCAUGUCAGGUAAAAGCUUAGUUUCUACAAUAGCUUCUACAAUACCAGAAGAAAGAACUCUUAUUAGUAAUGGCCACAUUAUUAUAUUGUUUAGAUGAGUUCUAUACAGAAGAUGAUGGAACAAUUAUCUGGAAAUGUGAGGACUGUGCACCACGUAAUCCCAAAAGAUGUGGAUCUGAAGAAUUAAGAAGAAGCACGCGUGUAAUUCAUGUUGCUGAAGCUAAAUAUAGAAGGAUAAAAAUGCAAAAGGAGAGUUUUGCAGUUAGAAAACCAAAAUCUGUCAGAUCAUCUGACGGUUUUCAUAAAUGCACUAGGAAAAAUGACAGUGAGAAGAAACAACCGGUCCUUGAAGACAAUGGCAUCUAUUAUGAGGAACCUGAAUCACCUAAAGGUCCUAUAAAUAUUUCAACUGACAAGAAAGCAUCGGAACAUGAGCAAUAUGUUUACUCUGAAGCCUUAACGACUCAACACCAUAGUUAUCCAGAAUUUGACAAGCCUAGCCGUGCUCACCCACUUAGUGAUCCAGUUUGGACGGGACAAUUUAUAUUGAAGAACGCAAAUAAUUUUGGUCUUGUUGCUUAUGCGUCAAGCGCAGCUUGCUCAAAAGUGCAUUUGGCAGUGACACAGCUUCCUACACUGCUUGAUGUGGAGAUGUCAUCGAGGUGUGGUAUUUGGCCCAAACGUUUUGAUACGUCUCCUCCUAACGGUGAUAGUAUCGGUCUCUAUUUCUUUCCACAUUAUGAAAGGUAUGCUUUAUCAAUGGAAUAUAUUCUUCAUACUGACUGGUCUUGUAAUUUUCUAUGUAAACCUUGUUUUGUAUAUUCUCUAACAUCAAUUAGGGAUGAGUCGAUUUUUGAUGGUGUGAUGAAUCAAGUAAUUGAACAAGAAUUUGCUCUCAAGGCGGUCAUUAACAACAUAGAGCUCCUCAUUUUUUCUUCACAUUUAUUACCUCCAAGUGAUCGGAGAAUUUGUGACAAGUAUUAUUUGUGGGGUGUUUUCAAACCAAAGUCUGUCAGUGGGCAUAUUCGGCCCAAUCAAUCCCCUGAACAGAAACAUUUUGUGGCUUCUUAAUCUGCCGAGUCAACUCUAUGAAAUCUCGUACCAGGUCAGAUUGAGCAUAUUUUCACAUGUCUGUAUAUAGGGGUGUAUGAUAUAAAACGCAUUUAAUUCAAUCACUUGUCUAGUUUUCUAGGAAUUUGUAAAAAACUUUGUUUGUAGGAUGUUUUCAAGUAACUUUCAGCUUUAUUUGUAAAAAGCUUUCAUCAACUACAUAUAAAAUUUUUUGUAAAACGCCACCCAUGAUAGCCAAAGUUUUCUAGGAUUUACUUUGUGGUCUUUGUUCCCAUCAGCACGAGAUAAUAGAUCAAUUGUUUCUCAUUUGUGGUAAAGUGUGGGUUAAAGUGUAUAUGUUUGUUGGUUGGAUUACUAAUUUGUCAAAUGUUUUGGCAUGUGGUUAACUCUCUCCGCUACAUGUGAAAUAGGAUGUUCAGGAAUAAUUGUUGA